GGCUCAAGGCACGGUGCGGCCGCAUUCUUCCGGUAUUGGUAUACAUGUAGGCCGGAGGCAUUGCAGUCAUGGGCCGCCCGCGCCUCUCCGCCGCGCCGGCGCGACUGCUGUCCCUUGCGGCCGUGGCCGCGCGGGCGCGCCUCGGCGCCGCGCUCGCGAGCGCGGAGCUCGUGCGCGAGCUGGGCCCGGUGCCGGCGGACGCCCCGCCGCGCCUCCGCUGCAUCGUCGAGGGCAUGGGCUCGUGCUUGGCGCCCGAAGGAUCCACAGCGGGUGCGGAGCAGGUGCCUGGAGGCGCCAGGUGCUUGUCCGUUGGUUUGGAGCAGUGCCAGCAGAGGCGCGGCGAGUGGCUCGGCCCGAGGCUGCCGCCGCAGUGGCAGCGCCUGAAGGGGUCGCUGAGCCCCUGCUACGCGGACGGGCCUGGCGGCAGAGUCAGGUGCCUCCCACUGGUGCUCAACCUGGCUCCCUCCAAAUCUGGCACAGAGGAUCUGUACAAGCGCCUCCUGGCCCACCCCGCCGUCGUCAAGAACGACGGCAUCGGCUCCACCAACUACGAAGGCUUCUACGCCUCCAAGGAGCCGACCUUCUGGACGCACGCCGAGGUUGACAAUUACACCCUCGAGGAUUUCGCCCGAGCGUAUGACCAGUUGGCGAUCACGGUUGCGGACAUGGCCAAAGUACAAGGUCAGCCGAGGCCUACGUCGUCCAAGCUUCUGAACUUCAUGAAAAUGUUUCGCAAGAAGAGGCGCAGAGAGCUUGCUGGUAUCGCAAACGCGGUCGGCAUCGACUUCUCGGCUGUGACUAUGGACGGGGAGUUGAGGUGCAAAAGGCACGGACAAGAGCACCAACAGAUGGGUGAGGUAGAGGCAAGGCGGAGAUUUGAUGCCACACCGUGAAGCCAUCAGUUUGACACUCGUUGGUUGAAUUUCUUGGUGAUACCAGCCCACAGCUAUGGAAUUAUCACCGUGUUCGGAGCAAUUUGCUGGGUGC